GCUGCAAAUUGGAAUGAUGGAAGUUGAUCACUUAUUGUUAAUCUUCUGAAAUCAAAAACACCCAAUUCGAAACCAUACCCUGAAGAUGAUGAAACCUCAUAGAUUUAGAUUUGUUUUUGUUUUUAUCUUGUUUCUCUCUCUAGCUUAUGUUCAUGGUGACGUUGAUGAAUCUCACCAGCUCUUAUCGUUUAAAUCUAAGCUUAAAAAGCCAAAUCUUUUGGCAAAUUGGUUGGUUGGGAAUCACCCCUGUAAUUUCAGUGGCGUUUCGUGCAAAAACUCGAGAGUUUCCUCCAUAGAUCUGAGUGGUACUGAUUUGAGCUCUGAUUUCCGUUUAGUUUCGACGAAUUUGAUGAUACUUGCUAAUCUUGAAAUGUUAAUGGCGAACAACUGUAAUAUCACUGGUUCUUUGAGUUGGGUUUCGAGAUCUCAGUGUAGUCAAGCUCUCACCUCCAUUGAUUUGGCUGAAAAUGGGAUUUCCGGCUCGUUUUCCGAUGCUUCCGCCUUGAUGACGGCAUGUCCUAGACUCAACUCUCUUAACUUGUCAAGAAACUCGAUCGAUUUUAAUGGCGAUUUGAAACCGAUGGGGGUUUCUAUUCAGUUUAUUGAUUUGUCUUACAAUCGGAUUUCUGGGUCGAAACCAAAUGUUGUUCAGUGGAUCCUUUCAAAUGGCUGCCAGAUGCUUCAACAUUUGUCUGUAAAAGGAAACAAAGUCGCCGGAGAUUUGCCGGAGUUCGAUUGCCCCAGCUUGAAGUACUUAGAUCUCUCUGCAAACAAUUUCUCAUCUGGGUUUCCUUCCUUUCGUGAUUGCUCGACUUUACAAUAUGUUGAUUUGUCAUCUAAUAAGUUUUACGGCGACUUAUCUGCUUCUCUAUCGGCUUGCAAACGUCUCAGUUUCCUUAACCUCACCCAGAACCAGUUCGCCGGCGAGAUACCAUUUUUUCCGGUAAACAGCAACCUCCAGUUUCUGUAUCUAUCAACCAAUCAUUUUCAAGGUGGGAUUCCUCCACACCUCCUCAAUCUAUGCUCAACGCUGGUGGAGCUGAAUGUUUCCGGCAACAACCUUUCCGGCAUCGUCCCUGACGGCUUACAAUCAUGUUCUUCUCUACAGCUACUCGAUAUCUCUCGAAAUAAUUUCUCCGGUGAGUUACCCAUCGAAACCCUUUUAAAAGUGAAGAGUUUGAAGACAUUGGUGUUGGCUUUCAACAAUUUCAUGGGUUACUUGCCGGAAUCUUUCUCGAAAUUGACCAAUUUGGAAACUUUAGAUGUGAGUUCUAACAAGAUUUCCGGUGGUAUCCCUUCUGGACUUUGUCAAGGUACAAGUACAAGCUUAAAGGUGUUGUACCUUCAAAACAACAGGUUUAGUAGUCCAAUACCUGCAACUCUCAGCAACUGUUCUGAAUUGGUUUCUCUUGAUCUGAGUUUCAAUUAUCUCACCGGAAAAAUCCCUCCAAGUUUUAGGUUCUUAUCGAAGCUUCAAGAUUUGAUCAUUUGGUUCAACCACUUGGAUGGUGAAAUCCCAGAAGAACUCAUGUAUCUUCAAUCUCUCCAGAAUCUGAUUCUUGAUUUCAACUAUUUAAGUGGCGUAAUCCCACAUACGUUAAGCAACUGCACCAAUCUGAACUGGAUUUCUCUGUCAAAUAACAAGUUAUCCGGCGAGAUUCCGGCGUCCCUUGGUACUUUAUCAAAUCUUGCCAUUCUAAAGCUUGGGAACAACUCUUUUACCGGCCAAAUUCCGGUGGAGCUUGGUGAUUGCAAGAGCUUGAUUUGGUUAGAUCUUAAUACCAAUGAGUUAUCAGGUACCAUCCCACCUGGUUUGUUUAAACAGUCCGGCUACAUUGCCGAUGCUUAUCUCACCGGAAAACCGUACGUUUACAUCAAGAACGACGGAAGUAAGCAGUGUCACGGUGCUGGAAAUUUGCUCGAAUUUGGUGGUAUCAGAGAAGAUGAUUUAGGUCGGAUUUCUGAAAGACACCCAUGUAAUUUCACUAGGGUUUACAAGGGAAUCACUGAGCCAACCUUUGACCACAAUGGAUCGAUGAUGUUUCUUGAUCUUUCGCAUAAUAACCUGCACGGCGGGAUUCCGAUGGGGCUUGGAGCAAUGUACUAUCUGUUCAUAUUGAACUUAGGCCAUAAUGAUCUUACGGGUCCGAUUCCCGAAGAGCUCGGGAGUUUAAAGAAUGUUGCGAUUCUUGAUUUGUCGUAUAAUCGUUUCAACGGUUCGAUCCCGAAUUCGUUAACGAGUCUUGCAUUGCUCGGAGAGGUUGAUUUAUCGAACAACAAUCUUUCUGGAAUGAUUCCUGAAUCGGCACCGUUCGAUACUUUUCCGCAAGCUAGUUUCGUGAAUAAUUCUGGCCUAUGUGGGUACCCGUUACCACGGUGCGAGUUGGGCCUCGGUUUGGGCUCGGGUCACCGGAAGUUGAACAGGGAACGAGCUUCAUUGGCGGGAAGCAUUGCGAUGGGGUUGUUGUUCUCGGUAUUUUGUAUCUUCGCUGGGGUGAUGGUGGCGGUGGAGAUAAAGAAGAGGCGGAAAAAGACUGUUGAUGCCGCGAUGGAUGGUACCAUCGAGGGUGGUGGCAGUUCUUAUUCUGGCGGGCGAGGAAACAGUACAUGGAGGCUUCCGAGUACCGGAGAGGCAUUAAGCAUUAGUCUUGCAGCGUUCGAGAAACCGUUACGGAAACUCACGUUUGCAGAUCUCCUCGAUGCCACAAACGGGUUCCACAAAGACAGUCUAAUCGGACGGGGCGGGUUCGGUGACGUGUACCGAGCCCAGUUAAAAGAUGGGACCAUUGUUGCCAUAAAAAAACUCAUACACGUAAGCGGUCAAGGCGAUAGAGAAUUCAUGGCCGAGAUGGAAACAAUCGGAAAAAUCAAACACCGGAAUCUCGUCCCGUUAUUAGGGUAUUGUAAGGUCGGGGAUGAACGGCUUUUGAUUUACGAGUAUAUGAAGUUCGGAAGCUUAGACAACGUUUUACAAAACCGAGAAAAAUCCGACAUCAAACUUAAUUGGGCGGCACGGCGAAAGAUCGCCAUUGGGUCAGCCCGUGGGUUAGCUUUCCUUCAUCAUAAUUGUAUUCCGCAUAUCAUUCAUCGCGAUAUGAAAUCGAGCAACGUAUUACUCGAUGAAAACCUCGAAGCCCGGGUGUCGGAUUUCGGCAUGGCCCGGCUUGUGAAUGCUAUGGACACGCACUUGAGCGUGAGCACGCUAGCCGGAACCCCCGGGUAUGUGCCGCCAGAAUACUACCAAAGUUUCCAAUGUUCAACGAAAGGCGAUGUUUACAGCUACGGUGUCGUUUUGCUCGAGCUUUUGACCGGAAAACAACCGACCGAUUCGCCGGAUUUCGGCGAUAACAAUCUCGUUGGUUGGGUGAAACAACACGCGAAGCUGAGAAUCAGCGACGUUUUCGAUCCCGAUUUGUUGCGGGAAGAUCCGGGGUUAGAAAUUGAGCUUCUACAACACUUAAAGGUGGCAUGUGCGUGCUUAGAAGAUCGGCCGCGGAGACGGCCGACGAUGAUUCAAGUAAUGGCGAUGUUUAAAGAGAUCCAAGCAGGGUCUGGACUCGAAUCGGCAGCGGUGAACGACGCCGGCGAUGGCGCAGGUUUUAGCGUGGAGAUGACGAUAAAAGAAGACAGCGAGUUAAGUAAACAGUAACGUAUGGUGAUGCAUUUUUGAAGUCGGGAAGGGGGAUUUUCUGAAACUUGUACGUUAUGCAUUAGAAACUUGUACGUUAUGCAUUAGAAACUUGUACAUUUGGCCAAACUCCUUCCACAUUCCAAUGAAUGUAUGUAUUAAUUAUUAGUAGUA